AUGCCGCGAUCAUUUAGCAUUAGAAGAAACACGAGAAGGCAUCCAAAUGUAUCAGACACUUGUGGUAAGACUGUGAGUAAACGAACUUCAAGAGCUUUGAAAGAAGUCACUGCACGUAACGCAAGAGUUAAAACUAGUCGAGAGGAAGUUAGUGCUGAAUCAAUUACCGAUGCUAACUUCACAGAACACUUGCCGGAAAUGACCGCUCAUGGAUACACAGUCGAUUUUCUUCCUUAUCCCGUCAGCGAACUUCAUGAUCACGAAAACGAGCUGUUUGGAAAAGCCACUGAUCUUAAGUACCACUGCCCUUAUUGUAGAAAAGUCUUUAAAAACAAGUACACUUUCGAAAAGCAUAUGAGAAUGCCUGAACACACCAGUGACAGACCAUUUGCCUGUCCAACUUGCGGGAAAGGUUUUCGACUGUCCAGCACGCUGUGUCGACACAAGAUCAUCCACACCAACCAGCGACCCUUUAAAUGCCAGAUUUGUGAAAAAGCGUUCAAUCGACACUCUACCCUGACGACACACUACAAGACGCACAAGGAUCUGGUAACGAAUGAAGGCGUGGUUGCUCUGCAACGUUAUGACGCGGCAGUCUGGAAAGGAAUUACUAAUAUGAAUCAGAGAGUGUGUUUCAAGUGUUCUUUUCACGGUUAA